CGAAGGCACCAUGAAGACACUGACUGCUUUGCUCCUUGUGAGUCUUCUAGCUCUUUGGAUAGGAUUUCCUACCACUGAUUGUACUGGAAUUGCAUUCGUGAUACCUCGCAUUUGCCCCAGAAAUCCAUUCCGAUGUACUGUACCAGGAAUCGAUCGUUGCAGUUCUAGCUAUGACUGUCCAGGAAGCCAGAUGUGCUGUUCAUACAAUUGUGUCAGGAUCUGCAGACUCCCACAAGUGAGACCUAGGAUUUGCCCCACAAUCCCAUUUCUAUGUUCGUCACUAAGAAUUCGAUAUUGCAAUAAUGACUACGACUGUCCAAGGAGCCAGAUAUGCUGUUCUUCCUUCUACUGUGGAAGGGUCUGCAGAUUCCCACUAGGUAUCAUGUUUGACUAA